AUGGCGACAUUCCAUGAUCGAGCGACCUCAGCAACGCCCACCCAGCACCGCGUCCUAGGUGACAGCAGGCGGUCCUCGUCCAGUGCGGAUGAUGAGUCUGCCGACGGAAGCUGGCACGAUGCUGUUUCUGCUACCACUUCGCGCCACGCUGGCCCUUCGUCAUCAGGCACCCUGGCUUCCCUCAGCGCAAAGAGUGCCUCGCUAGCUCCGUCCAAUAUCACACAAGGAAGCUUCAACUCGGAUCUAAAACAUGCGAGUAUAUCGAGAAAUGCGACACCACGACCCCCAGAGUCGAUUACCCAUGGCCGGGGAAAUGGUGUUGGAGGCGAUAAUGAAGCUCCCACCACCGAGCAACGACAGGCCAUUAUCCGGGGCCAGAUUGAGAAAGAAAUAAAGAUAAAGACUGGAACGGAAAAUAUGCUGGAAGCCCUGCUGGCGAAGAAUAUGAAGCAGACAAAGGAGCAGCGGUUAAGAGUGGAGUCGGAGCUCAGUUCUUCGCAUCGAAAAAUAGCACAACUACAGAAUGAGCUGGAAGAGGAAUUAAUGCGGGCUCAGCUAACACCUAUAGAAGCUCCGGAAGCCAGGAGGCUGUCUACAUUCUUCAAUGCAACGUCCGGCCGGUCUCCCUCAAGGGCAACAACUCACGCAACCGGCGAAAGCUUCGAGGAUGAGGAUAGUGAAGCGGAAUCGCCGACGGUCGUGCUAUCUGAAACUUUACAAGAGUUAGAGGCAGAGGGUAUGUCGCCUGAUUACUAUGUUGACCGAGCAAAUAACUUGGUUGAUCUGUUCAAACGCUAUCCCACCCUAAAAUAUGACUUGGAGUGGUCUGUCUUUGGUCUACGGGUACAGGUGAUGCUGCUGAGCGAGAGCCGCGAUGUUGUCGCUGCAGGCUACAGAUUAACACGGUAUGCGAUUGCGGAUAGAAAGUCCAUCCAGGUAAUCAGAGCACUACACACGGAUGAGCUGGUAAUGCUCUCUCUGGUCAAGGAAUCCAAGGCCAGCAUGGAGCGUGAGCAGGCGCUUAAAUUCGUUCGCGCAUUUUUAGACGUCAAAGACGGCGUUCGAGAACUCUCGCGCUCGGUGGUGCGAACGCUUGUAUCAAUCGCAGAACACCGAGACGACCGUUUACGCAAUAUCUGCAUAAUGACAAUUGCAGAACUUCUUGUCAAGGACCCAGCGUUGUUGUUCUCUGCUGGUGGAAUUGGUACUUUAAACGAUGUGCUGGGAGAAGGCACCUUUGGGGCAUCGGACAGUUUGGCAGCCGGUUUUGUCCACGUCUUGGAUUCUCCUAAGAGCAGAAAAUACCUCCGAGCGGGAUGUGAGCUGAAUUCUGUUUUUGCCAAUUUCACCGAGACGGUGCCAGAUAGCGACCGCCAUUUGAAGUUGAAGUAUUCAGCCAAAGCUAUUUCUGCAAUGCUUAAAACCUGGCCUGGUAUAUUAACACUUGCCCAAAACCCAGAACGGCCACUCCAAUCAUUACUCCUUUCCUUACAGUUUCCUGAUCCUCAAUCGAGGGAUCUAAUACUGGAACUUCUGUUUGAUGCUCUCCGUAUCAAGCCACCUUCCUGGUCGUCGUCGUUCCUUGCUGGAAGGAGACUCACAACGUACGGCCGAGUGGCCAAUAUGAAAUCAGACCAAGAAAAGAAACAACCUCGUGCAGUUUACGAAGACGAAGACAACUCGUUUGACCUUACUGCACACUUUUCUGGGCUUAUAUUAGCCUUAUUAGUUGAGGCAGGCUUAAUCAAGGUGUUGUCUGAUUUGAUUGAGGAUGAACCUGACCUUUCCCUGAAACGAAAAACAACCCUCCUCCUUGCCGAGGUUCUGAGACGUGCUCAGCGCUGCUUACCCUCUUCUAUGUGCUCCAACCUCCACCUUCUUCCCAGCCUUCUCCCAUCAUCAUCAGCACUCAAAGAGAGAUCUGACAACCAGCACCUUUCAACCUCGACAAUCUAUCAAAUGGAGAGCAUCAGCCGCACAAUGACACGAUCCGACGAUAUAUCAGAUGUUAACGGCAGAUACUCUGUCAGUGCUGAGAUACCGGCCUCGUUGUUCACAGGAGAACAAAACAAGUCCAAACUUAGUGCUACUAUGGACGAAGCCCAGUUUCGCACUGCGAUCCUAGACACCAACGUUCUCAGCUCUGUCAACUUCAUGAAAUGGAAGUGGGACCUGAUCCUGAACAUCAUUGAAGGACCUUUGACAAAUCCUAAGCGGCUAGACGAAGCCAUCAAAGGCUCCAAAUUCAUGAAGCGAUUACCUAAUCGCCGAUAUGUCCGAACGGGCUGUGCUUUAAUGCGCUGUCUUGUUCAAAGUCCAGAAGGGUCGAAGUACCUAGCUCAGAAUAAGCUAUUACGCCAAAUAGCUGAGUGUUUGGCUCAAGUCGACCGAAUGAGCGGGCUAACUUCCCUGUCGCCAUUGUUCUCUCGUGAGCAAAUGGCUGAUACGCUUAGUGGUGGAUACUUUGCGCUGCUUGGGACCCUGAGCAGUGAACCCAAUGGCCUUCAGAUGAUGGAAAGGUGGCAUAUGCUUAACAUGUUUUAUCAUAUCGUCGAAUUGACGGACCGGAAUGACCUCAUUCAAACUCUUCUUGGGAAUAUGGAUUUUACUCGCGAGAGCCAUCUACGAGUCAUCCUUUCAAAGGCGCUAACCACGGGAUCAAAGGAUAUCCGUAUAUUUUCUACCAAGCUACUACGAAAGUAUGUGGUUGGAAAAGUGUUACAAGGCACUCCAGUCGAGUGGGUUAUUCAGCUCCUUGUCACCCAACUAUAUGAUCCGGACGUUGCAGUUUGCCAGGUUGCCGUCAAAAUACUGGAAGAGGCAUGCAACCAGAGAGAUUAUCUCGAGUAUGUUGUCAAGUGCCGCCCAUCUUUGGACCAUCUUGGAGAAAUUGGUGCUCCUCUGCUACUCCGUUUCCUUUCUACCUCUGUCGGAUACCACUAUCUCGACGGUCUUGAUUACAUCACCCAAGAAAUGGACGACUGGUUCUUAGGAAGAAACGAUGCAUACGUCGGGUUGGUGGAGGCUUCACUAUCUCGUGCGUAUGUUGACCAGCCACGCCGCAAUAGCUUAGCUCUCAACGACAUAGUCGAGAUGCAAGAUAUCGGCUUAGUACCACCACAUUUUUACCGAGAACUCGCCCGUACUACGGAAGGAUGCAAACUGCUGGAGCAGUCUGGCCAUUUCUACGAAUUUGCUUCUAUACUUCGAGAUUUCCAACUCAACGAAGAGGAUCCAGAGGUACUGUUAAAGGUAAAGGGUUCGCUAUGGGCUAUUGGGAACGUGGGUUCAAUGGAGCUUAGUGCGCCCUUUUUAGAAGAAACAGAUAUCGUGGAAAGGAUAGUGCAGAUCGCUGAAAAUGCAGCGGUCAUGACUAUGCGUGGAACAGCGUUCUUUGUCUUGGGUCUGGUAUCCAGGAGCCAACAUGGCCUUGAAAUGCUUAUUGAGGCAGGGUGGGAUGCCGCCGUUGAUCAAAGGGGGCGGUCGUUGGGUUCCUGCAUGCCAAUGGAUCUAAGGAAAUUAUAUUCGGUAACCUUUGAGCAACACCACGCUCGGACAGAAAAGGACAAAGCUGCAAGGAACAGAUACAAAGCAGCAUCAAAGGACCAAGAUCCGUUAAAGCAGAAGGUUUUAAGCCUCAUCAUCGACAUGGGGAACACUGUUCUUGCCAAAAAGGCGGCGUCAGAUCUACAAGUCUUCAAAGCAAACCGUCCCGACUGCUUCCGGCGUAUUGAUCUCUUCGAGAAGACCCUAGUUAUUCUAGAAAGCCAUCACUUCCGGCUAUCCGCACGGCGUUUCGCGCUGGAAUUGUUCGACAAAAGCGUGCUCAGGCGUAUCAUUUUCGGAGAUGACUCCGGUUCCGAAUCUGAUAGUGCCAUGUCAGAGUAG